AUGGCUUUGCUAAAGCUGUCUCUCUUGGGGAUGUUUUUGCUACUAACCUUCGUUGUCGUCUCUUCAGCAACGCCGUGGACAAAUCCUAUACGAAGAUGCAAUGACGAUAAUGGCAAUGUGGUUGUUGAUUUCUUUCAUUGUUAUAAGGAUCUAGGUUUAAAGGAUUACCAUGUUUCUGUAAAAUAUUUGUUCUUGUUUUUCGUUUUCUACCUUUACUUUUUGUUUUUGGACGACCACCAUGCCGCUGAGUUUUGGUCCAUUGUUCCUUUAGGCCGGGGACCAAAACAUUUGUUGAGUUUUUUUAUUUUAUUUUAUUUUAGGUCAUUUAUAUUAUGA